AUGUCAAACAAGCUCGAGGCCAUUCUCCCCAAAUUUGUUUUUCCUACCCAAGCUGGAUUUGUGAAGGGCAAAUAUAUUUUAGAGAAUCUUGUUACCAGCUGGGAAGCUCUUAACUGGGCUAAGCAUUCUAAUCAAAAGGUUGCUAUGUUCUUGCUGGAUUUUGAAAAGGCUUAUGAUAGAAUUGAAUGGAGCUUUAUUAAUAUGAUGCUCCAGGCCUUUGGUUUCCCAUCCUUCUUUUGUGGCAUUGUGAAUAUGUUUCUCAAGGAUGCUCAUGCUCAAAUUGAUGUUAAUGGUUCCUUGUCUACUUCUUUCCCUUUGGGAAGAUCGAUUAGACAAGGGUGUCCUCUUGCUCCCGCCCUUUUUGUUAUUGCUUCUGAAGCUCUUUUUUAUAUUCUUAGAAACAACACUUUAUCCCCAACUGUUAAAGGUGUCAUUCUUCCUAAUAAUAAAGAGAUUAUUAAUUGUCAGUUUGUCGAUGAUACUUCUCUGUUUCAUGAAACCUCUGAAGACAAUUUUGUUGCUAUGAUUAAUAAACUUAAUUUCUUCUGUAAAAUUUCAGGAGCUAGAUUGUCUCAUGCCAAAUCUAUUUGUCUUGGGUGGGAUGAUCAACCUCCUAAUUGGUUUAAUAAAUUUGAUUUCCAAUGGGGUGGCCCCUCUAAAAUUGUCAGAUAUUUGGGUAUCCCCUUUUCUGUUGACCCCUCUUUGAAAGAGAUGUGGGCUUGGGUUAAGGGUAAGAUCCAUAAUAAACUAAACAAGUGGCACAAUAGGUCUCUAUCUUUUGCUGGAAGGAUCCAAAUCUGCCAAAAAAAUUUGUCCUCUUACAACAUUUAUUAUGCCUCUGCUUGGAUGUUUAAUGACUGUCAAGUUAUGGACAUCCAGAAGGCUAUAAGAAAUUAUCUUUGGUCUAAUGGGAAGGGAAAUAAAAAGAUGCAUUCUAUCAAUUGGAAGUGGUGUCAUGUUGAUAAGCUCCUUGGGGGCCUAGGGUUGAAAGACCUGAGACUUAGUGGUCUUGCUUUGGCCUCCAAAUGGAUCUUUCAUGCCUUGGAGGGAGAUGAGUCUUGGAAAGUUUUGAUUCGUAACAAUAUUGAGAGGGGAUAUCCUAAAAGUGCCAAAUUCUGGAAAAAUCUUCCUCUCACUGAUCUCAUUUGUGGUGAAUUUCCUAUUACUGUUCAAGGCUCAGCGGUCUUUAAAUCCAUCUGGAAAGCUUGGAACUAUGUUAGGCAAUUCAUCACUAACAAAGAUUUUUUUGAUAAUAAAACCCUCCACGAUGAAAGGUCCAUUUGGUGGAACCUUAAGCUUGGUGAUAAACCUCUUGCUCUUACCCAAGGGUGCUCAGCUAAGUAUUGGGCUAACCUUGGAAUCAAGCAAUUCAUUGAUAUCUUUGAAAUAGACAGACUUAUCCUUUGGGAUGAUCUUAAGAAUAAGUUUAAACUUCUUGAUUCUCAUAAAAAGACUUAUAGUAUGAUUGUUAAAGCUAGUAAAAACAUUCCUUUUCUGUGUCAUGUGGACUCUAAUAGUUAUUUAAAUAUAAAAUGGCCUGAUGGUAUUAUCAUUUCUAAGCUUAAGGCUAAGAAUAUUUAUUCUGUUUUAAAUUAUAAUGUUGAUGUUAUCAAUCAUGUUAACAAUAUUUGGAAUACUGAUUUGGAUAUUUCUUCUUGGAAAAAGUAUUUUGAUUAUCUUUGGAAAAGCUCCAUUGAUCCUAAAAUUAAAUGUUUUAAAUGGUUACUUAUUCUUAAUAAGCUUCUUGUUAGGAGUUCUUUCUCUGAUGUUAACUAUUGCACCAUUUGCAGAACCCCGGAAACGGGAAAUCAUAUUUUCUUUGAGUGCAGUUUUGCUAAAGAGGUUUGGUUAAUGUUCGGUAUUUCUAUCCCUUCUAAUUUCAAUUUCUUUGAAGUUAUUACUGGGUUUAUCUCGAAUACUAAAAAAGAUGCUAACAUGUUUUGGGAUAUUACCUCAUCUAGCAUUUUAUGGCAAAUUUGGAAGUGCAGAAAUGAAGAAAGGUUUCAAAAUAUCCCCAGAAUGCUUACUGAGUCUUUUCGAAGUCUCACAUAUUUUAAAAAAAUUUCGCAGAUUCAAAUCACCAUGAAAAUCAACAAGGCUAAAUUCAAAAGGCUGCUCAAGGACGGUCAUGCUACCUUUUUUGCCAAUGACGUUAAGAAUGGAUAUUUCUGGAGGUUGCAUUUGGAUAAUAUACAUGAUUUCAAUCAAACUUUCGGCAGAAUUAGAAAGGAGAUUAAAAGAAGACCUCACAAUGCUACUAAUGAGUCGGUUUACAUGUUGAAACAAAUUCAAGAUCAGAAAAGCAUGGUGUGGAUGGAUGGCGCUAUGGGUUGGCUGGCUUAG